AUGCUGGACAGAUUUUCCCUUAUCAUCCAUCUGAUCGUUGCAUUCUACACCGCUCUAGCGAGUUGCGCAGCACAAGAACCACUCAUCCUACCCGGCUACAAAGUUGGCGAAAGCAUACCAUAUUACUCCAGCGACACCGGCGAACACAUCACCGACGCCGCCGGGCAACUCGCCUACAUCCCCUUCCCAACAUGCAACGAAACCGGUAGACCUCUCGAACUCCUCUUCGGUGUGGAAAAGGACAUCAACUGCACCAUCGACUUCAUCAACGACCCGCUCUUCCACCUUCUCGAGUUCUACGUCCACAACGAUGCGCCCAUGACCUGCCGCAUCCCGACGAAACCUAUACCCCCGUCACUUCUCAUGAAAGAGUUCGAGGCUGGGACGACAGAUAAUACCGAUGGACAGGGCAGCCUUAGCGAGGUGUACACGCCAAUGAUCGUGGCGUUGACAGGGACGUUACAACUCAGCCAUCUGCAUGUCAGCACCAAUUUGAACGUGCUCGUGCACGCGGCGGCCAAGUCGGUUGCGCCGGGCACGAUUGCGGCAGCGACAGCGUACUCGGUGUCGCGAGACCCGCCAACGAGGAUCGUCAUAGGAGACAGUCUGCCUCUGCGGUUCAGUGUGAGGUGGUAUCCCAACACGAGCUUGCCGUCGGGGUGGACGGGGGUGGGUGGACACUUGACGUUCAGUACGCUGGUGUAUUGUAUGUUGUGCAUUCUGGCGACCGCAGCAGGGUGCAUGGCGUACUUCAGGGGCGUAGAGUUGCCGAGAAGGUUGAAGAGUCAUGGGAAGGAUCGGCUGGGUGGCAUGGAGAGGGGUGGUGGGUUGGGUGGGUAUGGCAUAGCGAACGGCAAUGGGUAUGGUUAUGGCAUUGGGAAGCGGGACUGA